AUGGCUACCGUUCCGAUGGAUAUUAGCGAAGACAAACUCACCAUGUCGCUUGAUGACAUUAUCAAAACUACAAAAAAGGCCGGAAAGAACGCACCUAAGAGGGGUCGGGGAGGUCACUCUGCGGGAAAUGCCGCUGAGAAGCUAGCCAAGAAGAAAGAUGCUCUGGCAGCUAGUGCCAAGAAGCAGGGCACGAACUCUCGGAGAGCGGCCGUUAACCAGAGGCGAGGCAUACGGACUGGCGUCUCUACCCAACCUCAAGCUCCAAAGCCCAAAUUCUCUACACCACAAUUCGUCAGCAAAGCCAUUCCUCCUGCAAAUGUCACGAUCAGCAUCGUGAACGACAAUGUGAAAGCCCCCUCAAAUGGCACCAGAAGAAGGGCCUCAAAAAACGGCACUCCCGAUUAUCACGCAUCCGAAGUUCCCCAACGUAACACGACGCCUGUCAGCCGUCCAAGGAUCGCGGCAAAGAAUAUUCCCAGCGGGCCAUUGUCCUCGCGUUUUGCUCAGAUGCAAAGACAGCGUACCAACGCGUCCGCGCCAGUAUCGGGCAUUCGGAAGUUCUAA